GCCAGUUUCCGGUGGUGUGGGAACUUGCUUCUUUUCGUCUGUAACCUUUAUCAUGGCGGUGGGUAAAAACAAGGGGCUUUCAAAAGGAGGUAAAAAGGGAGUGAAGAAGAAGAUCGUUGAUCCUUUUACCCGUAAGGAUUGGUAUGAUGUUAAGGCACCAUCUAUGUUUACCAACCGUCAUGUUGGCAAAACACUGGUCAACAGAACCCAAGGAACAAAGAUUGCUUCUGAGGGUCUAAAGUACAGAGUAUUCGAAGUUUCUUUGGCUGAUUUACAGAAUGAUGGAGAUGCAGAGAGAUCUUUCCGUAAAUUCAGGUUGAUCGCAGAAGAUGUUCAACUUCGUAACGUAUUAACUAACUUCCAUGGCAUGGACUUGACCACAGACAAAUUGAGGUCCAUGGUUAAGAAAUGGCAAACUCUUAUUGAAGCUAAUGUUGAUGUGAAAACUACUGAUGGCUACCUUCUCAGAGUCUUCUGUAUUGGUUUCACUAAUAAGGACCAAUUGAGCACCAGGAAGACAUGUUAUGCUCAGCAUGCACAGGUGAAGAAAAUUAGACAAAAGAUGGUAGACACAAUCACCAAUGAUGUUACAAAGAGUGACCUGAAGGGUGUUGUCAGUAAGCUCUUGCCAGACGCGACAGCCAAAGACAUUGAGAAGGCCUCUCAGGGAAUUUACCCACUCCAUGAUGUCUAUAUUCGUAAAGUUAAAGUAUUGAAGAAACCACGUUUUGAAUUGAGCAAGCUUUUAGAACUUCAUGGAGAUGGUACAAGUAGCAAGACAGAAGAUGGAGGAGAAAGUGGCUCAAAGGUCGACAGACCAGAAGGCUAUGAACCACCAGUACAAGAAUCUGUUUAAGGGAGUAAUUCUCUUUCAAUAUUUGAUAUAAAUAAAAGUCACGUUCAGUGCGAAA